AUGUCGCCGCGAACGAGACAGAGCUCUGAAGCAGAUGCCCUCGAACUCAUUGCUCUACUUAACCGUGACCCGGUGCAACCCGGAGGCGUUACCAUCUACAAAGAAUUAAACAUCAGUAGCAAACAUGAAGAGAAGUUUGCAAUACUCCUCCACCGCGUCGUCAACCGACCCGAAGGCCUACCUUUCAUUUGGAGCGGUGAUCCUGUCGCCAUUGCGGAACUGACCGAGCAAUUCCUCCGCAAAAAAGAAUGCAGGAGAUUCUGGCCAUGGCAACUGUUUGCAACUAGACACAAGUGGUUCCGGCAGCUGUUGACGGAAAAACUCACUAGCAUUUUCACGUACAUAUCUGCAGUCAUCAACGCUGAUGGGUUCGAUAACUACGAAGACAAUUUCAUAUACGAGUGCCGACCACGAUCCAUAGACGAGUUUCUUGAGUGGUAUGAAAAGCGGUUGGAUGCAAGGGAGGAGCUGACACAUAACCUGAAACAUGUCAUCGAGACCCACAUGGAGAAGGAGGAUUUCGAAUAUUACAACGCUCAGCUCAAGGAGUUCGAAGACGGGAAGGCCCCCAAGCCAAUUUGGGUCAAAACUCGUUGGGCUGGAUAUUUCAAACCAGUCGGUACAGAGGAAGUCGGCACAGAAGGAGUCAGCAUAGAGGAAGUCGGCACAGAAGGAGUCGACACAGAUGGAGUCAGCAUAGAGGAAGUCGGCACAGAGGAAGCCCCAGCAUCAGUUCAAGAUCAAGAUCAGGAGAUGUAG